AUGAGCCAUCGCGACAAAGCCCUGCUAGCCAAGUACCACAAGGGGGAGGAGGACAAUGGAUUUGUCAGGACGCAUUACUUCAAAAAGAUCGAGGGGAAUAAUGUUGACAAAAAUUUGAUCAGUCUUGAAAAAAUGUUCCUCCCAGAUGAUAUAUUCCUGGAUGUGUACAUAGAUGAAAAGGAAAGAAACAACUUCGAUUUUUAUUUAAACAAUUUAAUUGACGAACGGAGGACGACGACAGACUUUCUGAGCAGCUGGACACACAUUGAGGUCAGCAACAUUUACAACUAUAUCCUUUAUAACAGCGCUUCGUGCAGUAACGUGCUGGAUGAUAAGAAGGGACACCUCGUGCUGAAGCUCAAGUACACAAACGAAAACAAAACGAUUACUUCCUACUUUAAGGUCCACUGCCGAAAUGUCAAGUGGGAGAGUGAGAAGAAGGUCUGGCACAUCCCCAUCUUUUACAUUUACGAGAUGACAAAGCUGACCAUUUUUCUGGGAGGCACCGUCAGCGACAAGGUUCUUUACUACGUCUGCAAGCUGUUUAGCCACUUCGCCUCUGCGAAGGAGGCAGGGAGGGAGACGGCCAAGCAACUGCUAAACAGAUCGCUAAAAGAGCUAAUCAACGAACCACUAAACAAACCGCCGGGUGAAACAGACCUGGGGGAGACGAGGAAGGCGGGCCCACCCACCCCCAGUGCAAACCAGACAGCCAAUCUUGGCGACCCCGCCAACCAUUACGACGCGGCCCUCUUCUCGCGCAGGGACAAGCGCGGGUUCGUUGAACACGUCGCGAGGAGCAGCAUGUUCGCCAUGCAACACAUAAUCGUGCACAACCCGGUGAGGAGCGACUCGGUGCAAGUAAAAAUCGUGCCGUAUAAUGAGGAAGUGGUCCGAAAGAUGAAGGAGCUUAACCUCUUCCACUGGGACAAGACGGAAAACAUUUGGACAGUGAAGAAAACGAAUUUCAAAACGUUCCAUGCGAAUGUCCUCAAAGGGCUCGAUUAUAAACUCUGCUCCUACUACGACUGCUACAAGUUUGCUAAGCAGAAGCUGGUGGUGGAGGGAGACCCCAGGGGAGGCGCCUCCAGCGUGACUUUAGAGAAUUCCAAAAAGGGUGCCACACAAAUGGGUUCGUUAAAAAGAAAGAGGAAAAUAAUACCAGAUAGCGAUAUAGAGAAGACAAAGCAAAAUUGCAAACUGAACAUUUGCUACGAGAGCACGGACUCGUCGUACUCAGACGAGCUGUCGCACAACGUCGAUGCAAGUUACUACGAAGGAAGGGAACAAGUGAAUAAAAUAAAGCUUAUCGGGGCGGCAAACAACUACUACAGAGAUAUCAUAUACAAUAAACUGAACAAACUCAAACAUUUGAAGCCGCCAAAUUUUACGUAUGACCCAAAGGGACUAAUAACGAAAAAUGGGGCAGGGACAAAAGGAAUCGAAAUUUACGACAUGCCAAGUGACAUAUACGAAUGGAACAAGAUAAGUUUCUGUAUCGUCCCAGAUGAAAAAGAACACGUGGAUUUAUAUGAUCCGAAAAUCUUAUGUAGCCUCGUUAGCGAUGUGUACAUGCUAAAGGAAAAAGCAAUUGAUAUCAUUUUAAAAAAAUAUCAAAGGUGGCCUGAAUACACCGAUGUCUACUGGAACAGCAUUUGCACUGAAAAUGAAUUCAUUGUGAGGAACAAAAAUUUCAACACCAGACAAAAGCUAGCUCACGAUAGACUCUUCAGCAAACAAUUUUUUUAUAUAUUCAACAUUGCGAGUGUGAAGCAGCCCAAUUAUUACGAUGCGCUAUUUUUGUGUAAAGCUUUAAUAACUCUUGGCGAGGGGAAGAUUGUGAAAGACCCCCUCGAUGCCGAGUACAUUGUCGUUGCCAACUGCAACGAUCCGAAUGCAGUCCAUUUUUAUAACUCGCUGCAGGACAGGAAGAAAAAGAAGAGAAAGCUCCCCUUGUUCGUCACCCCCACCUUUAUAUACGAUUGCAUUUUGAACUACUCCGUGUCUUACCCCUCCAAGAACAAGAGCCACUUCUCCUUCGCCUGA